AUGGAGCAGGCAGAGUGGCCCAUGGCGCUGAGGAGGCUGAGUCUUGCAUACUGGAAGUCUGCCAAGUGGCAGGCUGUACUUGCCAACAAGGAGGCCAAGCACGUAUUUGCAGAGCGCCAGCUUGGCAAAGAUUUUGACGGCAACGUCCUCAGCAACAAGCCAGAACAUGCAGUUGGCGCUGGCAACAACAAGCUGGAACAGGCAGUUGGCGCCAACAAGGGUGUCAAGCUCAGCAAGGCUGCAGUGCAGGCAUUCUGCCACAGCCUGUCAAACUCCAGUCUUGUCAAUGUCUUCUGCAGCGUUGACAAGACACUCCUCUUUGGCAGUGCUAGCGUUGGUCCCGGGGUGAUUGACGCUGCGCUGCGGCCCCCGCGCAAGGCAACACCCCCCGCUUGGUGCUGCUCUGCAAGCGCCUUACAGAGGCAUACUGCAACACAGCACAGCCAAGAAGUUGGGCGCAGCAGAUGCAUCAGAGGCAGCAAGAGGCAGAAGCAGAGGGAAGCCAUGUCCAAGCUUGUCAAUCAGGAGCGCAUCCAAGCACUCUCAAAGCUUGCCUGA